AUGGUCUGCUCUCCAAUUGGAACCUGCAUUCAUCUUCAUGAAAAGCUAAUAUCUUUGUGGCUUUUAUUAUGGAUGAUUCUAUUUGUUUCCAGGCUUUCAUGGGUCUAGAACUAUUCCAAGAUAUGUUGGGUGGUCCUCCUUUUUGAUUUUGGUGAGGUCCAACUUGAGGUUCAGGUCUGCUCGAUUUUUGGAUGGAGAUUAA